AUGAAAAACUGGACAGAUAUCUACAAAGGAGAAAACACAGUUAUCUCACCUCCCGGACCUGCUAAAGUAAUAUCAAGAAACAUCACAAGUAUGACGUUGUCAUGGCAGSCACCUAUGACGUCAUCUAAUGGAACAGUGGUGUAUUUACUGAAAGAGAAGUAUUAUGGGCCGUUUAAAGGCAGUACUUUGAUAAGAAAUAUAGUGUUUCUCGGUGUCAAUAAUACCGUUGGUGUGUCAGACGUUUGUCCUUUGUUUUGGAUAAAACCAGAAAAAAACAGUUACUUCAGCUUCCAGUUUACUGUAGUUGCUCUCACUGAAAAUAGUGUAUUGGUGGAAGGACUUACGUCCACCUCACAAGCUUUCAGAAGGCCCCARGCGAUGAAGUCAAUUGGUAAUCCAAUGUUAGUCUAUGAUCCACUAAAGGCUCGAGGUGACAAAUUGAAGUUAUCCGUGACGGUCACGCCACCUAAAGAUUCGUCACAUUUGAUUACACAUUACUUUAUGCAUGUCCAUUAUGUGUGUGGUACUUCCUAUUCUGAAAGAUAUUCUCUUCUACAGAGGUCAAGAAACAUCAGCGUCCAUUUGUACACGAAAAUUAAAAUGCCGUGUAAAAUAGCGAUAAAUGUUUAUUAUGUAAUAAAAUGCUCAACGAGUGAACGAAAGACAAUUUAUUAUAACUAUAAAGGUGAGCCUUUUAUCAAUAUACUGUGUAUUGUGUAA